GGCUAUCGUGUCUCAGCCAUAGACUGUAUAGGACUCAGUCCGAGAAUCAGCAGCGUUCUACUAUGCAUUUGGCUCUACACAAUGAGCAGUCAGACUGGGGCCAGUUUUUUUCCUGUUCAGUGACUGGAUCGUAUUUAAAAGACAUGCCCAAGCGAGGUUCCAAAUGAGCUACGAUCUGUGGCUGAAAAUGCGACCACCGAAGCUAGAAAUUUGACAACCCCUUGGACCGGAUGAGACUUUUGUAAAAUGGCCAAACUCGUUCUGACUCAGGAUGUCGUAUUGCUUCUUAAGGAGGGCUAAUCAGAGUGAAAUGAUUGCUACUGAUCGGUCUCCGAGAAGUGAAGUUAGGCAACGACACGCUGCUGAAUUAAAUGUUGCAUCACCAGAAUUGUAGUCUUUUUUUCUCUCUGGUCUUUGAUAACUCUUUCCGUAAUCUCCAGUUGUAGUAAUUUUCCGCCUGGCAGGUCCUCCCACGCUCACGCGCAGGACACUGUCUGGAUACUGAAGGAAAUAUGAAGACACAGUUUGCGAUCGUGGUGCAUCUGCUCGUGAUUUUCUACGCGAGAAUGAUGCUGACGCAUGAGGACCGCAGCGCCCAUAAAUCCAGGAGGCGAGACAAGUGGGAGAAGGCCCUCCGGUCAGCCUCCAGUCUGGAGGAGCUGCUGAAGCUCACAGACUUCCACGACACGAAGCUGUGGAAGCCUCGCCUGCGGCUGAAGCACGCGGAGCCGCCCCCCAGCCGCGAGCCGCACCGCUCGCCCCCUCUCGUCUCCCACCGCUCCACCCGCUACGCUGCUGCCCCCUACAGCACGGAGGUCACCCAGCAGAUCACCCAGGAGAUUCUCCAAGCCAUUGACGAGGAGUGGCAGAAGACCCAGUGCAUGCCCAGGGAGACUUGCGUGGAUGUGGCCAAGGAGCUGGGCACCAACCCGGGCAUGUUCUUCAAGCCGCCCUGCGUCUCAGUCUUCAGGUGCAGCGGCUGCUGCCACAGCGAGGCUGUCACCUGCCGAAACACAAGUACAACCUAUGUCAAUAAAACACUCUUUUCUGUGAUUCCUUUUAAAUACAAGCCAGAGCCAGUGCUGAUAAGGGUAGCAAAUCACACAGAGUGUGAGUGCAUGGAACCGGCUCUGAUUCGACGCCAUACCCCCCAGCACAGAAGUGGGUGUUUCCCAGCACAGUGGCCCUCACAUUCAGAGGCCACACACAGCCUGUGCUCUAGUGGGCUGAUCUGGGACUGUGCUGCGGACCAGUGUGUCCCGUACCCUUCCAGGAAUCAGGGUGAGUUACACAGACCCCUCUUUCGGUGUCACUUAAACUCCAGCAUCUGUGCCACGGACGGCAAACGUGUCGACCAAGCCUCCUGCAGCUGUGAGUGAAAGCACCUUCACCGACACACAGACAUUUUGCAAGACUAAUUGUUGGACUUGGAAGAAAUGCUCUUAAUUUAUUUAUACUUAUUUAUAAUUACUUUACAUAUUAUUAUAACCCAUCUCCAGCUUUAACACCACAACAACCAUGUUAAAUGUUUUAACAUGUGCCAUUGUUACUUGUGCUGUUAUGCAAAGGCCUUAAGCACUGUCUUGUGUGCACUGAACAAGCAUGUAUUGUACUUUUUAAAAUAAUAUUUUUAUAAUUUGUUACACUGAUCAAUAAUUAUUUAAAUGUAAAUACUUGUUAUUAAAAUCAUUAUUUUUCUGCA